AUGGUCGUCACGGCGACCACCGCAGAGAUGCCGAAGAAGCGGCAGGCCUCCCGGGACUCACGGUGCAUUGCAUCUGUUGGCCUUUAUGUUCCAGGGGGUACUGCAGUCUUACCCUCAACUGCUUUGAUGCUCUCGGUGCCUCCACAGAUUGCCGGGUGCAAAACCAUUGUUCUAGCAACUCCGCCUGGUCGUGAUGGCAGUAUUUGCAAGGAAGUGUUAUAUUGUGCAAAGAAAGCUGGCGUCACCCACAUUCUAAAAGCUGGGGGAGCUCAGGCGAUCUCAGCGAUGGCUUGGGGAACAUCAUCUUGCCCAAAGGUUGAAAAAUUUUUUGGGCCAGGAAAUCAAUAUGUUACUGCUGCAAAAAUGAUUCUUCAGAAUAGUGAAGCCAUGGUUUCCAUUGAUAUGCCUGCUGGCCCUUCAGAGGUGCUGGUCAUCGCCGACAGACAUGCCAAUCCAGUUCACAUAGCUGCAGAUCUACUCUCUCAGGCAGAACAUGGUCCUGACAGUCAGGUAGUUCUUGUCAUUGCUGGAGAUGGUGUCAAUGUUGAUGCAAUUUUAGCUGAAGUGAGCAAACAAUGUGAUAGCCUUCCUAGGGGAGAAUUUGCUUCAAAAGCACUUGGUCAUAGCUUUGUUGUGGCAGGGCUGCUGCAGCCGCCGGCUACCGGCAAAACAACCUCUGGCGAUCGAGUGCGUGCAUGGAGACCAGUGGCGAGCAAGGGCUCCAUCGCAAAUCCAGAGCCAUCUGGCACCACAAAACACUGGUUGGACCUCUUCAAGGACAACCGUCACUGUAACGGAGAUAUGACGCUCAGUAGGAUGCCGAAGCAGGGAACCAGUGCGGUUCUCUCACUCAAUUAUAUGGAACCAAUUGAAAAAGCUAUGGAACACUGCCUGAUAGGGAGAUUCAUUGGACGCUUCUUGGGAUGGCGUGCACUUCUAGAGCUGACGCAUCGCUAG